AUGACCAGAAAAUACAAUUCCAUUCAAGACCUGGAUAUGCCAUGGGCUUCCAAAAUCUCCGCCCAACUGCCCAAUCCACUCAUGCCUGUACCUGCAGCGCUACCAGUCCGAGCCCAGCAGUCGAUCGCCGAUGAGUCAGUCCGCUCAUUCCGCCCAGAGGAUUACUCAAAGCCAUACUGCGAGUUUAUGACAUCUAACCCCACAAUUUUCCACGCCGUCAAAUCCUUCUCCGAGCAGCUUGAAGAGCAUGGCUACAAGUAUCUCUCCGAGCGAGCGAUAUGGACAUCAGAGCUGAAACAAGGCGGCAAGUUCUACACCACCCGCAACGGCAGCUCCUUGAUCGCUUUCCACGUUGGUUCCAAAUAUGAGAGCGGCAACGGCAUCGCUAUCGUUGCUGGCCACGUCGAUGCCUUGACUGCCAAGCUGAAGCCUGUGUCCAAGCUACCGAACAAAGCAGGCUUCCAGCAGCUUGGUGUUGCCCCCUAUGCAGGUGGCCUCGGCACUACAUGGUGGGAUCGUGAUCUUGGGAUCGGUGGUCGUGUGCUAGUCCGUGACCCGGAAACGGGCAAGGUGGAGACUAAGCUAGUCAAGCUUGACUGGCCUAUUGCUCGUGUGCCUACUCUUGCUCCCCAUUUCGGCUCUCCUGCGAAUGGUCCAUUUAAUCCGGAAACCCAAAUGGUACCUGUCAUCGGAAUUGAUAACUCUGAUUUGUUUGAACACUCCAAGGCCGAGUCAAGCAACAUCAAGUUCGGCACAUUUACCUCGACUCAGCCUGAGAAGCUUGUGAAGAUAAUCGCCCAGGAGCUUGGCAUCACAGACCACAGCACUAUUGUCAACUGGGAACUGGAACUAUUUGAUACUCAGCCCGCUCAACUAGGAGGCCUAGAGAAGGACAUGAUCUUUGCCGGCCGCAUUGAUGAUAAGCUUUGCUGCUAUGCUGCACAGGAAGCGCUCAUUGCCUCCUCGGACGACAAAUCAACCGGAACCGUGAAGAUGGUCGGUAUGUUCGAUGAUGAAGAGAUUGGCAGUUUGCUCCGACAAGGUGCUCGGUCGAACUUUAUGAGCAGCGUCAUUGAGCGGAUUGCCGAGGCCUUCGCGGAGGGCAACUACGGCCCCAGCCUCCUUUCCCAGACAGUGGCCAACAGCUUUUUGGUGUCGUCUGAUGUCAUCCACGCGGUGAAUCCUAACUUCCUUAAUGUCUACCUGGAGAACCAUGCGCCCCGCCUUAACGUUGGCGUGGCAGUGUCUGCCGACUCUAACGGACACAUGACUACUGACAGCGUCAGUGAGGGCAUUAUGCGGAGAGUUGCAGAGCGCUGUGGGUCAACCCUGCAGGUCUUCCAGAUUCGCAAUGACUCUCGCAGCGGUGGCACUAUUGGGCCCAUGACCAGUGCCCAGAUUGGUAUGCGGGCCAUUGACUGCGGUAUCCCGCAGCUGAGCAUGCACAGCAUUCGGGCGACUACCGGAAGCUUGGACCCCGGCCUGGGUGUCAAGUUGUUCAAGGGAUUCUUCGAUCACUACGAAGAAGUCGACAAGGAGUUUUCCGAUUUUUAG